GCCCGGCAUCGGUGUCCCGUUGGUCGGUGUGCGGCUGCGCACUGGUGCCGGGCCCGGCAUCGGUGUCCCGUGGGUCGGUGUGCGGCUGUGCGGCGGUGGCUGCUGAAGAUGGCUGCGUGUCUCCUGGAGGCCCCGAUGCGGAUGAGCGUGCUCUCGGAAGUUACAGCCAGCAGCCGUCAUUAUGUUGACCGGCUCUUUGAUCCUGACCCACAGAAAGUGUUGCAAGGUGUGAUUGAUAUGAAGAAUGCCGUAAUUGGAAACAACAAACAAAAAGCUAAUCUGAUUGUCCUGGGAGCAGUACCAAGAUUGCUUUACUUACUACAGCAAGAGGCUUCAACUGUUGAACUUAAAACUGAAUGUGCAGUAGUAUUGGGGAGUCUUGCAAUGGGGACAGAAAAUAAUGUCAAGUCCCUGUUGGACUGUCAUAUAAUUCCGGCAUUAUUACAAGGUCUCCUCCUUCCAGAUCUUAAAUUUAUAGAGGCUUGUCUUCGAUGCCUCCGUACAAUAUUGACAAGCCCUGUGACGCCAGUAGAGGUACUUUAUACAGAUUCAACAGUGGUUCCUCAUCUUAUGUCCUUACUUAGUAGAUCGCGAUAUAUACAGGAGUACAUCUGUCAGAUUUUUUCCCAUUGUUGCAAGACACCAGAGCAUCAGGCUGUGUUGUUCAACCACGGUGCCGUGCAGAACAUUGCUCAUCUACUGACUUCACCUUCAUACAAAGUUCAGAUGCAGGCAUUAAAAUGCUUUUCAGUCCUGGCUUACGAAAAUCCCCAAGUUUCCCUGACUCUUGUAAAUGUGCUGGUAGAUGGUGAAUUGUUGCCCCAAGUGUUUGUGAAGAUGAUGCAGAGGGAUAAACCUAUUGAAAUGCAGCUGACAUCCGCAAAAUGUUUGACUUACAUGUGCAGGGCUGGAGCGAUCCGGACAGAUGAUAACAGUAUAGUUUUAAAGACGCUCCCAUGCCUGGUUAGGAUGUGCAGUAAAGAGAGACUGCUGGAGGAACGGGUGGAAGGUGCUGAAACCUUGGCAUACUUGAUAGAACCUGAUGUGGAGCUACAGAGGAUUGCCAGCAUCACAGAUCAUCUUAUUGCAAUGCUUGCUGAUUAUUUCAAGUAUCCUAGUUCAGUCAGCGCAAUCACAGAUAUCAAAAGGCUUGACCACGACCUCAAACAUGCUCACGAACUCCGGCAAGCUGCAUUCAAGUUGUACGCCUCCCUUGGAGCGAAUGACGAAGACAUCCGGAAGAAGAUAAUUGAGACUGAGAAUAUGAUGGACCGAAUUGUGACUGGCUUAGCUGAGUCUAGUAUCAAAGUGCGGUUAGCUGCUGUCAGAUGUUUGCACAGUCUGUCCAGGUCGGUACAACAGCUUCGGACUAGUUUUCAGGACCAUACAGUAUGGAAGCCACUAAUGAAGUUGUUACAAAAUGCUCCUGACGAAGUCCUUGUGGUGGCAUCAUCAACACUAUGCAAUCUUCUCCUUGAGUUCUCCCCAAGCAAGGAGCCUAUCUUGGAAUCGGGUGCUGUGGAACUGUUAUGCAACUUGACCCAGAGUGAAAAUCCAGCUCUCAGAGUCAAUGGGAUUUGGGCAUUAAUGAAUAUGGCUUUUCAAGCUGACCAGAAGAUAAAGACAGACAUUUUACGAGGGCUGAGUACAGAACAACUCUUCAGAUUGCUCUCAGAUUCAGACGUGAAUGUACUAAUGAAGACUCUGGGGCUCCUCAGGAAUCUCCUAUCCACUAGGCCUCAUAUAGACCAAAUAAUGAACACUCACGGAAAACAGAUCAUGCAAGCAGUGACUCUCAUCCUCGAAGGGGAACAUAAUAUUGAAGUUAAAGAACAGACAUUAUGUAUACUUGCUAAUAUAGCAGAUGGAACAACUGCAAAGGAUCUCAUCAUGACAAAUGAUGACAUUUUACAAAAAAUUAAAUACUACAUGGGCCAUUCAAAUGUAAAGCUCCAGUUGGCUGCUACUUUUUGUAUAUCCAAUCUCAUAUGGAGUGAAGAGGAAGGUUCCCAUGAACGACAAGAUAAGCUGAGAGAAUUAGGAGUAGUAGAUAUUUUACAUAAAUUGGUUCAAACUACAGAUCUCAACCUGUCUGACAAGGCAAAAACAGCGCUGCAGCAAUUUCUGUCAUGAGUAGACAACCUGUUGGGGUCCAGUCAGCAGCUCUAAAUGGACAGCAGGUGGGAAGUUCAGUGGAGUGCUCGGCCCUGAUCCAUUUUUGCACAAGUCACCUUGGACUGCAGUUUUUGUGUGCAGUGAUUCAUGAAGAAAUAUUAGUCGUUCAGGAAGCAAGUAAGAAAUAAUGCAGCGGAGAGCAAAGUCCCAUCUCAAUAUGACUGCUUAUACAAAACAUAAACAGAAUGUUUGACUCCCCUCCUUAUUGAAUCGGAAGAAAAAUCUACUCCUGCUGCAGCUGUUUAGUGUGUGAUUGGUUACUUUUCUGAAUUUUGUUUUUUUAAAUAGUGUUUUCUACAGAUUUUUCUGGGUAGUGUAUUGUUUGCUGAAUGAAGGCUAUACCUGGUGUAAAGAAUUUACCUCCACAUAACACCCUAAAGAGAAUGUAAUAUUUAAAAAGUGUGAAAUAAAAUAUAUGAUUUUGUUUUUAAGCUCUGUAGAGAAGGUAAAAUAUGAUAAGAAUUUGAUGAACCACAACUAUCUGCGUUUCAUUUGGAACUGCAUCUGUUAAUAGGCCUACACAGGUAGAUGUAAUGCAGUCUAACUUUUCAUACUCCAAAAAGAUUUUCCUCAGGGAAGGGGAACACCAGCCUUCACAUCAAGAUCCAGGUUUAAAUCUAACUCAGGGACAGGUAAUGAAGGAAUUCUGCCACCCAUUUUCAUUGACUAUUUGCAGUAGCUUUGUUUCCCUUUCAACGUUUGGGCAUUGUGCUUAAGCAGAGACUGGACUUUAACAAAUAGAUUGUGAUGGUUUUGUCCAGUGCACAGUAAAACCUGAUCUCGGUGGAGAAUCAUAGGUUGUGUGAAAGAAGGAAGAUUUUGAAAGUUGAGCAAUAUUAACGGAUCAAUUUAGGAAAACCAUGCUCUCCUGACAGUCGCAUCUAUAGAUCAGCUCUAUAUCCUGAAACAUGACACGCUGUAAUGUUGAUGUUUACUUGGUAUUGCUGGUAUUGCAGGUGUAUAAACUUGUACCCACAAAUGGGCAUUGCUGCAUAAUUGGCCUGUGCAUCCACUUACCCGAAUAUUGGCAAUUUUAGUGUUCACUAUUGCCUUGACAAAGCACUAAAAAUGCCAGAUGGCAGAAUGAAAUAUUCACCUCGUGCUAUUGUCUCUUCUAGUUCAUGAAUGCAAGGAAAUAUUUUUAUAAACCAGCAUCUGCGGUUCCUUGUUUCUAAAUUGUUGCCCAAUAUUGGUACCCGGAUUUUCUUGGACAAUGGUAAAAAUAAAAACGCACACAUUGUUAGAUGGAAGUUAUGCUUUGGAGAAUAUUUUCAGAGUAUGAUAUUGAAGUGAUACCUGUGUAGGCCAUUUGAAACAAAUGCAGUUUUUUAAUUUUUUGUUGUGUUUUCAUUGAAAUUUCCCAGUUCUCCCUCAUUUUGUUCCGUCACUUUUAGUUCUUGACCCCUUCUCUCUGAAUGUUGCCAUUUGGAUUUUAACACCUGUCUGGUCUUUUGCCGCCAUGCAGGUUUUAUUAGCAUUUGUAAACUACUGCCCUCAAUGCAGAAGUACAACAAGAGGUUUCCCUUCCGGUUCUCAGCAAAUAAAACGGAAAGCUUAGUGAGGAUUUACAUUGAAAUUUCCAGUGCUUGUUGAUACAAGCGUUGUCAUGGUUGCUGCAUGUGUUAAUGCCUGGCUACUUGCAG